CGCCGAUCCAGCGCACUUUCACCUCGGUGAAAUGAAGAAGCGCUCGAGCGACGCCGAGGACAGCGCAACGUUGCUGGACGCACCGGCCACUUGUCCCGUGGACGACAAUAGCGGUCCUGUCUGUGUAGGUUCGGUGGACAUGCUUCGCUGCGGCGGCAGCGGCAUCACGUCCGUGCUGUUCUUGCCGUCGGAAUUCCGUUCGAUUCGGUUGUACCGGGCAGCAACAUGGUGGAAGCAAGCCUUGUACUCCGUAUUGUGUGUGACAUCGUUCGGUGUCUUGCCCCUUCUUGCCUACUACAUGCCACUGUUGCAUGCCGCAUGCACGCUGACACCGUUGUCAUCGGGGGUAUUUGCCACCGUGGUAUUAGUUCAGCGUCGCGACAGCACAGGAAGCUGGGAGGCGGUGCCCGUGCAGCGCACUCCCACGACCAGCGCCGACGACGGCGUCAAUCCCCCCGAACAACUCAUCUGGUUUACGUUUCGCAAGCAUCGAUACAUGUACGACGAUAGCACGACGUCGUUUCGCCGAAUCAGCGCCACCUUGUAUGGCGUGACCUCGAGUGACGCUCUUCGAUCUCGACUGACUUCUGGGCACUCGGACGAGAUGGCAGCCGCGCUGCUUCGAUACUUUGGACGAAAUGCGCUUGAGAUUGCGCUCUUGCCGGCCCACCAUGUGCUCAUGGAGAAGCUUCUGCAUCCGUUCUACUUGUUCCAGCUCACGAGCGUCGCAUUAUGGCUCUAUGAAGCGUACUGGAGCUAUUCCAUUUUGAUUCUGGCCAUGACUGUUGGCUCCGUCGGCUACGAAGUCGCAACCCAACUGCUCAACACAAGAAAACUCCACAAUUUUAUGCACAUGGACGACGUCGUUGUGCAUGUGCGUCGCAACCAUCAGCACCUGUGCGUACCCGCGACCGCCCUUGUGGUUGGAGACAUUGUCGAGUUGGACAAAGGGGGUGCGGUGGUCGCCGACAUGCUUCUUGUGGAAGGGGCGUGUGCUAUGGACGAAUCCUCGUUAACUGGCGAAGCGAUUCCGGUCAACAAGCAUGCCGUCGCCGUCUCUGCAGUGGAUUUUACGUCUUCUUCGUGCAAAGCGUCGCUCUUGUCGGCAGGAUCUACAGUCGUUCGAUUGGAUGCAGAUACUUGCAAAGCGGUGGUGGUUGCAGUGGGCUUUCAUACGUCCAAGGGCGAUUUGUUCCGAUCGAUUGUGUGCCCCAAACCAAUUCACUUCCAAGUCGAGCAAGACAGCUACCGCUUUCUCGUCGCGCUUUCGACACUGGCAGUACUUACAGGGAUUAAAAACAGCUACGACGCAGCCAGACACGGCCUCGGGUGGAUGCGUGUGGUCGUAUCUUGCUUGGAUAUAAUUACAAUUGCGGUGCCGCCAGCGUUGCCGUUGAUGCUGAGCGUGGGCGUGGGGUACUCGAUCCACCGGCUGCAAUCUAUGGGCAUCUUUUGCAUCGACGGACCCAAGGUCAACUUGGCAGGUCAUUUGACAUGUUUUUGCUUUGACAAGACGGGCACAUUAACCACCGAUACCAUGUCGUUUGAAGGCGUGGAUGUCGUUGUACAGCGUACUACUACUACUUCUACACAGGAGCCACAGGAGAACAAGGCCAACCACAGUGAAGUUAUCGAGGCGUCGGUCGAGUUUGCUGGAUUGGCGCCGCUCCUAGACUCUUCUACGCCAUCAACUAUGCUGCAUGCAGCUGGCACUUGUCAUGGUGUCACGCAGGUGCACGGAGUGUUGGUGGGAUCACCGUUAGAAGUGAGUCUAUUCCAAGCUUCCAAUCACAUUUGGAAGGAUGCUGCGAUCGAGUGCCGCACCAGCGGGCGUCGCUUUGAAUACGCUCAAAAGUUUGCAUUUGACUCGGUAUUGCAGCGGUCGUCGGUGGUGCUCAAGGACGGAACUGUAUUUGUCAAGGGAUCCCCUGAAGCGGUGGCUGAAGUAUGCAUGUCGUCAACUCUGCCGCUUCAUUUUCAAGCCACGGUGCACAACUACGCCAAGCAGGGAUUGUAUUGUAUGGGACUAGCGACCAAGCAACUAGCUCAGCAACGAGGAGGGCUCCAGCGGUCCCACAUCGAAGCCGACUUGACAUUUGUGGGCCUUUUACUCUUUACAAACCCCAUCAAACCCAACUCGCCAGCGUUGAUAGGUGCUUUGGAAGCUGCGGAUAUCGAUGUUCGAAUGAUCACUGGCGACAAUGCACUCACGGCUAUCCACGUCGCCCACGCAGUAACUAUGCAGUUGCAUCCAGAAGUGGUGGUGCUGGACAUCAACCAUCGCCAAACCGACGACGACGACGACGACAGGUGUAAUGUGGUGUUGCAUCACGUUUCUUCUGGCGUUGUCCAGCAAUUCUCCAUGGACGCCUUCCUUCUUCUUGGCACUUCAGUGGACUUUGCCAUGACGGGAGCGGCCCUGGAGUGGUUCCAAGCGCAUGGAGCGGGGGAUCUUGUAGUGUUGGUGGAAAAUAUUAAAAUAUUUGCCCGGAUUCGUCCAGACCAAAAAGCAUAUCUCGUUGAAACACUCAUGGCUCAAGGGAAGUAUGUGGGCAUGUGUGGCGAUGGAACCAACGACUGCGGGGCGCUGAAAGCAGCUCACGUGGGGCUAGCUCUGUCGAAUGCCGAAGCUUCGAUCGUCGCGCCCUUUACAAGCCGCCGACAGGACGUGAUGGAUGUGCUGACGCUGAUCCGGGAAGGCCGGUGUGCCCUCACGACAUCAUUUGUCGGGUUCAAAUUUAUGGUCCUGUACCCUGUCACACAAGUGAUUAUGACGUCAACUUUGUACAGUGUAUUGGUUUCACUGGGCAACAACCAAUUUCUAUUGGACGACAUGGUGAUUGUAUUGGGUCUGUCCAUGUUGAUGCUACAGUCCAAGCCGACGCAUGCCAUCACCUCGCACCAACCCGCGACCACUCUCUUUGCUCGGUCAAUUGUGUGGUCCAUCGUUGGCCACGUCGUGAUCUUUCUCGCGUGCUUUUCCAUCGUCUGGUCUCACGCUAUGCACGCGCCGUGGUUUUGCUCUGUGGAGACCGCCGCUUCCCUUUAUGCGACCACAGACGCCACUCAUAUUGUGAAUUCCACAUGUAGCUACAACUACCAGCCACCAAUGGGCGACGGCUACACAAGGCAGUCCUACGAGAAUGCUGUUGUGUGGCUGUUUGGCCAUUGGGAAUUUGUGAUUGUCGCAGUGGCGAUCAAUUUAAAAGACCACUUUCGGCAGCCAGUGUGGCCCCAGAACAAGCUGUUUGGUGGUUAUGUUGUGGGCCUAGUUGUGGUUCUGACAUGUCUUACACUGACGCAAAACCCGUCUAUUUUGGGGUGGUUUGAAUUGGUCGAGUUGCCCGAGGCGUUUCGAUGGUACAUGCUGAGCAUGGUAGCUCUCAACGGCCUUCUGAGUCUGGGCUGGGAAUACGUCGUCACCCGAUACUUGGACAAAGGCAGUGGUCCACAGGCUAUAACUACUCGAUUACCCCACAUUCGAGUGGUGUAAAUAUAUAGUGUAGCCACGCUAAUCGACAUAAUAAUAACCCGUUUGCACCUUGC